AUGGAGGGCGCGAUGGCAGUGCGGGUGACGGCCGCUCAUACGGCAGAAGCCCGGGCCGAAGCCGGGCGGGAAGCUGGCGGGGGCGGGGUCGUGGCGGCGGCGGCAGCGGCGGCGGCCUUGGCCCCCAGCGGCUUCCUCGGCCUUCCCGCGCCCUUCAGCGAGGAAGAUGAGGAUGACGUGCACAGAUGUGGCCGCUGCCAGGCCGAGUUCACUGCCCUGGAGGACUUUGUCCAGCACAAGCUCCAGAAGGCCUGCCAACGGGCCCCCCAGGACGCCCUGCCCACCACCCCUGCUGCCUCGGAGCUGCUGGGCCAGGAGGUGGUCCAGGCACCGGCCCUGGAGGAGCCCAUCACCGUGGCCCACAUUGUGGUGGAGGCGGCCUCUCUGGCGGCAGACCUCGGCCACCCGCCCGACAUUGUGGGUGGUGGGCACAUCAAGGAGGUGAUAGUGGCAGCGGAGGUGGAGCCAGGGGACGGUGAGGAGGUGGCUGAGGGCGCCGGGCCCACCGGGGACGGGGAGCCGGCCCAGGUGCAGCUGCUGGUGAACAAGGAGGGCCGCUACGUGUGUGCACUGUGUCGCAAGACGUUCAAAACGGGCAGCAUCCUGAAGGCCCACAUGGUCACCCACAGCAGCCGCAAGGACCAUGAGUGCAAGCUGUGCGGGGCCUCCUUCCGGACCAAGGGCUCGCUCAUCCGCCACCACCGGCGGCACACAGAUGAGCGCCCUUAUAAGUGUGCCAAAUGCGGGAAGAGCUUUCGGGAGUCGGGCGCGCUGACCCGCCACCUCAAGUCUCUUACCCCAUGCACGGAAAAGAUCCGCUUCACCGUGAACAAGGACGUGGCUGUCGGCAAAGAGGAGGGGCCUGCAGGUCAGCGAGGCCUGCGUGCCCCCUGGGGCGGCCCUCUGGGGGCUGCUGGCAUGGGGACAGCCACGCCAUCAACGGUGACAAGCGAGCCCAUGGAGACAUCACCUGUGAUUCACCUGGUGACAGAUGCCAAGGGCACCGUCAUCCACGAAGUCCAUGUGCAGAUGCAGGAGCGGCCCCUAGGCAUGAAGGGCCUGGGGCCAGAGCCCCCUGGCUCCGAGGGGCUGCCCUGCACCGGUGAGGGUGGCCGUGAGAACCUGCUGCACCAAGCCAUGCAGAACUCGGGCAUCGUCCUUGAGCGGGUGGCAGGAGAGGAGGGGGCCGCCCUGGAGCCGGCCCCUGCCACGGAGCCUGGUUCUCAGGACCUGGGAGUCUGUGCCCCGGAGCUGCCCUUGCUGGCUGUGGAGCAAGUGGAAGCGCAGGUGGCCAGUGAAGCUGCAGGCAUGCCCAAGGCCCACCCGUGCCCUCAGUGCAGCGAGACCUUCCCCACGGCUGCCACGCUGGAGGCCCACAAGAGGGGCCACACAGGGCCGCGGCCGUUCGCCUGUGCCCAGUGCGGCAAGGCCUUCCCCAAGGCCUACCUGCUGAAGAAGCACCAGGAGGUGCACGUGGACCAGCGGCGCUUCCGCUGCGGGGACUGUGGGAAGCUCUACAAAACCAUCGCGCACGUCCGCGGCCACCGGCGCGUGCACUCGGACGAGCGGCCCUACCCCUGCCCCGAGUGUGGCAAGCGCUACAAGACCAAGAACGCCCAGCAGGUGCACUUCCGGACACACCUGGAGGAGAAGCCGCACGUGUGCCAGUUCUGUAGCCGCGGUUUCCGAGAGAAGGGCUCGCUGGUCCGGCACGUGCGGCACCACACGGGGGAAAAGCCCUUCAAGUGCUUCCGGUGCGGCCGCGGCUUCGCGGAGCACGGCACGCUCAACCGGCACCUGCGCACCAAAGGGGGCUGUUUGCUGGAGGUAGAGGACAUGCUGGUGCCCCAGGAGAGCCCCGCAGCUGCCGCCACGGUCCUGGCCGAGGACCCCCACACCGUGUUGGUGGAGUUCUCGUCCAUGGUGGCGGACACUCAGGAGUACAUCAUUGAGGCCACCGCGGAUGAUGCGGAGACCAGCGAAGCCACCGAGGUCAUUGAGGGCACACAGACAGAGGUGGACAGCCACAUCAUGAAGGUGGUGCGGCAGAUCGUGCACCAGGCCGGUGCGGGGCACCAGAUCAUCGUGCAGAACAUGACUGUGGACCAGCAGGCUGGCCUGGGCCCCGAGGCCGCCGCCGACACCAUCACCAUCGCCACACCCGAGAGCCUCACCGAGCAGGUGGCCAUGACGCUGGCCUCGGCCAUCAGCGAGGGCACCAGCGGGGCCGAGCAGGCCACUGUGACCAUGGUGUCGUCAGAAGACAUUGAGAUCUUGGGACACGCGGGCGAGCUGGUCAUUGCCUCUCCGGAGGGCCAGAUCGAGGUCCAGACUGUCAUUGUAUAG